AUGGUGACAGUCCGGUUGCUGUGUCUGCUGCUGAUGGCAUCCUCUGGUUCGGCCGCGAUUCCUUUGUUGAAUGGUCUUGUCUCUUCUCAUCAUCAUCAUCACAUUCAACGACAGUUGAACAGUGACAACAGCAGCAGCAGCCACAACCCUGAUAACACUUCGAGUAGUAGUUUUCCUAAUGACGAGGAGGAAGUAGAAGAAGACUUGCAGAAGAAGAACAAGACGAAGACAAAAGCGCUCAAGAUUUGCAACGUAUUGGGGGGAUUGGAUUUGACCCGCCUGCGAUCCUCUGCCACCCGCAAUCUCUUCAGCAGUGCCAUUGACGAUGUGGAACUGAUUCGCGAGUACUUUUCCGAAGCCGUUGGCAAUGGUGGUCUCCGCGAUGGCAUGUCCCAAUUGGACGCUUUGGAGGCAAGUUUGGAUUGGCAAGCCCGGAAUACUUCUACACACGCGUCAACGGUGGACGCUGGAUUGGGUUACAGCGAUGACCGACGCGACCGUAGAAUUGAUCGCUUGGUGAGCAACAGUACCAACGGUCCCUUUAUUGGCGACAAACAAGCCGAUGCCAUCAUGAUGGAUGUCGUGUCCAACAUUUUGCCGUGGAUUGUCGAUCGCAAAACGAAUGAACACUUGUGGACCAUGACACAUCAGAAUGGACGCAGUCAAGCACCGGGCAUGGAACCACUCGUCUUUGAAUCACUCUACAUGGCGGGAUAUGUACUCAGUUGGGCCGAUUCUAUUUGGUACUACCCGCCUCUGUCGGUAUAUGGACAUCCCUUUUCCAUUGCCGAUGUCUUGGGAGGAAACUUUGACAGUCACGGGAUUGUCACGGGGGCGGGCUUUUUGCCAGAUGAAAAUCCACACCAUUUGAGUGCCUUUUACGGACCGUACCCUGAUAUUGGCGUGCCGGGACUGGCCAUUAUCACGGCCACCACACCCAUCUACUACACGGGGCCAUUGACGUAUUAUGACGAUACCACGUCCACCACAACAACCUACUGGUACAACGAUACGUAUAUUGCCCAUGCCGGAUUGGAUAUUCCCAUGGAUUCCGUCUCGGUAUUGCUCGAAGACUUGCAAGACACACUUGCCGAAGGUAGCUUUGCCCUCUUGACCAAUACCACUCUGUCGCCCAUUGCCAUUUCUCAAUCGGUCGUCGAAAAGAUUUAUCCCGCACGCACGGGAUGGGAAGAGUCUCGUGUCACGUAUCAACUCGCCGAUGGAUCCAUUGUCGACGAUCGACGCAAUCAAACCUAUCUCGUGUCGGAUACAUUACAUCAAUCCCUCACCAAUGUCACUACUACGGCCAAUUGGACGGCAUUGGCCAAUGAAAUUGCCAAUGUGCCACGAGGGGGUCGUGGCUACAUGGUUCUCAAUCUGACACUUGCUAACGACAACGACAAUAAACCCGUGCCGUACUAUGUCAUGUUUGAUCGGUGGCAGUACGUGUCCGAUUGGGUCUUGUUGGUACUGGUACCCGUCGAACAAGUCGACAAGGCCGUCGAUGUGGUCUUUUCCCAACCGACUGUCGAAGCACAAGUCAAGGCAGGACAAGAUGCCACCAUUUCCCUGCGCUUGACCAAUCGGGGGACACUCGAUGUGCAAGUGGCGCCGUCCGCAUGCCCGGAAUGGCUCGAGUUUACUACUAAUCACACGUUGAAUGCUCGUCAAACACUGGGGCCCGGUGACGAAAUCCAAAUCACUGCCAUUUUGAAGAGUGACGGACUCGAUGUGGGGACUUCUGUUUCCACCGUGUCGUUUCGAGUGGUGGACGACGGGUACAACGACUGCUUUUACGAUCGGGAUGUCUCCUUUGACGCCACGCUCAAAGUGCAUCCACUACAAAUCAACCACAAUUACAUUGGAACGGCCGCCAUUGCGGGGUACAUUUUCUUUUGGAUUGUGGCGGGGACGGCAUUGGGAUGUAUGGGGUGGACCAUUUACUAUUGGAAUCAUAGGGUUGUGCGAGGCAGUCAGCCUCGAUUCUUGAUGAUGCUGGGGGUUGGGACUCUCAUUAUGAGUUCCUCCAUUCUGGUCUUUGGUAUCGAUGAUAACAAUGCAUCGGAGGAAGAGGCGGACAAGGCGUGUAUGGCAUCUGCAUGGCUUGCAAGUAUAGGUUUUAUCAUUUGUUUCUCGGCGAUAUUCAGUAAGAUUUGGCGCAUCAACAAAAUCUUCCGAAAUAAAGAAAUCCAGAGAAUCACUGCUACUCAGCAGGACGUAUUGGUCCCCUUUGCAAUACUAUUUACAAUCAACUUUAUACUGCUAUUGUCCUGGACCUUGGUCGACCCACUCCGUUUUGAAAGGGUAAAGGUUGACUCGAGUAGUCCGUUCAGUGACACGCACGGUGUGUGUCGUUUUGAGAACGAUGAAACAAUCGGCUUUGCUGUCACAAUUGUUGUUGUGAACUUUUUGGCAAUCUUACUGGCCUGCUUUGAAGCCUACCGGGCCCGUAAAAUCGGAGAUGAGUUCAGCGAAUCCAAAUGGGUUGCUGUAACCGUUGCCACUUGGUUCCAAGUCUUUGUGGUGGGCUUUCCUGUCAUGUUUUUGAUGCAAGGGCAUCCAACUGCAUCCUACUUUUUGAAGUCGGCAAUCGUCUUUGUUGCUUGCAUGUCAUUGCUCCUGUUCGUGUUCGUUCCCAAAGUUAUCAUCCAACGAAGCAAUGCCGCGAGUAAGGGGUCCAUGGAGAGCUUCCAGGAGAGCGCCCUCCCAAACGUGGACAACGUCGUCAGUUCGGGGCAACAAUCCUCCGAGUUUCAGCAGCAAUCAACUCAGGAUGCUUCCUCUUCCACCGGUUUUGGCAUACGAGUGGUAAGGUCUCCCGUGAUAUCUUCGGCGCGAACGGAGGUACAAGAAAUCCUCCGUGAGCGAAUGCGUGCACUAGAAAACAAGAUUCUUCAGCUCGAAGGCGAGAACGCUGCACUGAAGCACGGGGCCAUGCCACCAGUCUCACCGAGAACUGAUGAUCAAGCAGGGUAUGUAGAAACGCACGGAGCAAACUGUACCCCAGAGACCGAAACUUUGUCGGUGCUGGGGGAAGAAAAUCGAGCUCCAGAAGAGCCGCUGGAACAGUCCAUUCCCGAGCAAUCGGACGACGUGGGGUUGUCUGCGGAACAUGCAGCCUAG